AUGACAGAGUCGUAUUUCGGACUUAUUCAGCGUCGUUCCCUGUACCUACGCCGGCAGUCGAACCUGAUCACGGAAAUGUGCGUGACAAGCCCGAAGAAGACGAACCGAAUCACAACCUUCUUCGCCGAGCGCGCCGCCGAGGGCAACUCGGCUCAGCCGCAUGUGCUGACGUCGACCUGGUGGAUCCUCGUGCAUGCUCUUUCCCCCGCCAUUGAGUUGAUCACUGAGACUUUCGUCAACCUCCAGCAGCGCGAUUUGGUACUCUGUCAGCAACGGAAGCUGUUUGUCGUUCUCGCCGACGAAAUUGCCGACUUGUUCAAGGUGUGCCGCAUCGCCUACUGCGAGGGCGACUUCGACGACCUACCUGUCAACACCUACAUGCAGCGAAACCAGUCAAUUGUGCUCAUCGCCUCGCUUCGCUUCUACGUCGAAGACCUCGGGUCGCGCGUUCGAGUGCACUGGGAGAUGCUCGACUACAUCGAGCAAUCACAAGUCUUCAGGACGAUUGGACUGUUCGCCAUCAGCAUCACGGACGGCAUCCGGCAAGUGGAAGCUGAGCGCGACCCAAUGAACAACCCCUCCAUAGAGCUCGCGCCACCCAUCAUGCCGCACGACCUCGUCAAGAUGAGACCCGUCACAUUUAUCUCGGAGGUGCUAGAGCCGCGGAAGCCACAGCUCGAGGCGACGUCCUGGACAGCCGAUCAGAUCAACACCGCCGAGACGGACCACCGCGAUUUGAUCAAGGCGUACAACAAGGAGCCAGCGACGAAGGCGAUAAUCGACAAGCACGACCAUCUCAAGUCAUUCAACGACGCGUGGGACGAGGUCGCCGGGCAUGGCGUCAAGCACCUCCAGCUGCGCCUCCUUUGCGCCGGUCACGCGACCGUCUUCCCCAACUCGACGUCGUUCGAGUCCGCCUUUUCGAUACUGAAGUGGGAAAUGGACGAGUUCCACACAUCCAUGCUCGACCUGUCGCUGGAAGGUAUCUUCCAUGCCAAGCAGUUUGAGCUUCUGGACUCGAUCAUGGUGUCCCUUGAGCAAUAAAUUGCAAACCCUAAAGUCUAAACCCCUUCCACCUC